GAAGGAUACUCUGUAGAAUGGCUCCUGAUUCGGCCUGCCUCUUUCCCCAGUGCAGUGACAGGACCAUGGAGACCAAGCACGUUCUCCUCCUCCUCCAUGGGAUCGUCUUAAUUCCACUGGACGUUUAGCGAGAGCAAUGGCAGCAGAAGUGGAAGUUGGCUCUGCCCUCCCUUCCUUGACCGCGCGAAGCGAACUCCCGAGCGAAGUGAAGCCGCAGCGCCCCUUUGCAGGCUCUCUCUCCGACUCAAGUCACAAGCCCGGCGAACUUCCCAGUUCUUUGUCUCCGCUGAUUCUGGAAGAGAGAAGCAAAUUUGGAAACCCUCUGAGACCAGCCACCAUGCCUCCCGUCACUUCAAGACCGCGUCUGACUCCCAAGCCGUUUUCCCGGGAGACGUCUUCCGAUACUUUUUCGGUGGUGAAACCUCCCGUCCCCACGUUCAAAUCGAGUCAUGUCGCCCCCAACCUGCCUGUGUUUGCCAAAACCUUUGACGAUACGGCAGCUGCUAGGGGGUUAACGGGAAAUGUUCCACCACUGGUAGAUCAGAAAUCAAUUGAAGACAAAAGCCCUAGCGAGCUAGUGGCCAAUAUGCCCUUCGAUUCCAGCCCCCAGGCAAAUACCGUCAUCCUUUUUGAAACUGGGAAGUCAGAGAAGGGCAGGAUGAAGUUCACUCCGGAGAAGAGCCAUCUUGGUUCACCUCAGAUAGGUGGCACUUUACAAGCACCAGAGGAGCAUCUGACCGCGUCAAAGUCAGAGGUGUUCUGCAGAACAGCCGGCCUUUACAGGCAGCUGUCUCUUUCCUCUGAAUCCAGACCAAUCUCCUGGAACCCCUGUGUGUCUCUGGAAAAGAAAGACAACUUGACAAGUGCUUCUGAGGAGAAGGGUAAAGUUAUUCAAAGGCAGUACAGUGCUGGCGGUAGCCUGGCUUCUGAGGUGCAGCUGAGGCCAAAACAGAGGCCGGUGUCUGCCGUUUUCCUGGAAUCCCUAAAGGAUCAAAAGCAGUGCUGUUUAGAAGUUUCAGAGGAAACGUCUCUUCCCGAGAAGACUUGGGUUAGAAAACCUAGGCCGCUCUCUAUGGAUCUUACAGCAAAAUUUGAGAACAGAGACCUUUCUUUGCAAAGGAAAUCCUGUCCAACUGAGAGCAAGGAGAAGGACCUGAGCCCCGAUCCCACCAAACAGGGUUCUGUCAGACCCUCUGAAAGGUGGACCAAGAACGAAGCCGGGGCUUUGGGCAGAGCCGAUCCUUCAAAAUCCAGUUUGAAAAGUCCCGGCCCAUUUGCCGACUUUGCCAGUGUUCUGAGCCCGAAGCCCUUCCCAAGUGAGGAGGCCACCCCAUGCCAGAGCUCUCAGAAAGACUUUUCCCACGUCCCUGCCAGGGACAGAAAAUGCCUGUGGGAGUCCAAGCUCAAAAGGCACGGCGAACAAAAUGCAAGUGAAAUGGAGACCGAGACCACUCCGGAGAAAGUCAUGGAGCCGCCCAGUGUCAAAGGCCAGUCAAUUAAAGACAGAGCAGCAUUAAGUCCAAAGGAACCAUGUGCAGCGAGGAAGAACUGCACGUAUAGGUCAGAUCCUGAAAACCAGAGUUGGAGAGAUGUUGAGAAACCCAUUAAUGUGCCAGAUAGAUCAGCAAAUGAUGCAACUUCAGGGAAUGUCGAAUCUCAGCCGGGAAGCCCUCGGGAAGAAGGCAGAAUUCUGAACAUUCAGCAGAGAAUCAAAGAACUGACUGCAGAAAAUACAGAAGCUAAGCCGGGAAGUCUACGCCAAUCGUUCCGGUCCCGGCCACUUUCUGCAGACUUGACCAAACUGUUUUCAAGCCCCAUCACUGCCGGCGAGCCGAAGCCAGAGAAACUGGCCGAGCUGAACAGGAAGCCUGCAAACAAACCACAAGAGAGUCAAGAGAUGAAGGCCGACCCGCUGCUUGGGACAGACUCUGGAGAAGGGCAUGCCGUUGGAGUGCCGUGGAGGCCGCAGCAGCCUGUGAGAAUCCUGCACAUGCCGAGAGACGGCAGCUUUGCCAGAGAGAGGCACGGUGGCCCUGCUGCCGUUGCAGAUCACGACGCGCGUGCAAGUUCCACGCUCCCUGCAGAAAGAACAUGUAUUAAAACUGUCAGGGCGACGAUGUUUGAGCAUCAUGUGCAAAGGCACAAAAUAGCUGACGAUCGCCUGGGGGCCGAGUCCCCCUCGCAGCCAACGAAUGAGGUUUCUGGGAACUGCAGGGAAUCGCGUACGGGGAAAGCCGCAGAGUCCAAAAUGUCCUCCAAGGAGGCGCCCCGAUAUGGCGGUGGAUGCCAAAAAACGCGGAAGAGCAAACUCUUUAAAUAA